GUUUAUUUUUUUUGAGGAGUUUAUGUGCGUAUAUCUUUUAGGAGAUUAUGUGCGAUAUAUGGUAUAUAACAUGAGAAAAAGGAAAAGCGGCCGCUAUUUAUUCAGCAUUCAGCCCAAUAUAACCCACCUACCCUGACACCACAUGGCCGAGUGGCCCAAUGUGUCCCCAGGGUUUCCAAGCGCGGCGGCUCAAGCAUCCGGCGUGGCGUCACGGCGGCAUCUGCGCUCCGGCUCGGUCUGCAGGCCGUGUUGGGCAGCGCCCGCCCGCAAGCCCAAGCCUGCAACUCCAUAGCGUCGCCUUCCCGUUCUUUGUCGCUCCUGCAGCAACUCCGUAUGCUCGGUUUGCUGCCAGUUUAUAGUAUUACUGUAACUGCAUAACCUGAUAUGGUUAAGUUCAUGAGCCCCGUGAGGAUUAAUUAAUGACUAGCAACCGAGGCUUGUUUCGAUUCUAGUUGAUCUUACUGCUGUUCACAUACUUGUUUAGAUUCAGUUGCUUAACUGAAUCCAGUUUAGUACUACUCUGUUACCUACUCCCUUAGUCCUGAAUUACUUGUCUUAUACGGAUGCCGUAUCUAAACACGUUUUAGUAUUUUUUAUUCUCUAGCACUGCAGUGCUAAUUUCUCAGAAUUAACAUUUUCCUAACUAGCACGUUGAUUUGGCACACAUAAAGUUUGUUAACUGUCGGUUGAAAUCUAAUCUUGUAAUUAUUAUUGCCACACAUAAUCGUUGAUUCAACUAGUGGCAUGAUUUUAAGCUAGUACAUGUCAAUCAUGCUUAUAGUUAAUGUUGGAAUAAUCAAGCUUUUCAGUUCACCAACUCCAGUAGUUGAGUUCAGUUCUGUGAAUGGAAACACACUAGACUUGUCUCCCUAAACUCCCAUCUCUCAGUUGUAGUUUAUUUUGUUUUUCUAUGAACAAGCAACUUAGCAAACCAUUUACUUUUUGCAUGUAUUGUAUUUUCAGUAAUAUGUGGUAGAAUCGAUGUUUUGGAAAUGAAUUAAUUCCAUUUUUACCCCCAUGAUUCACCCUUUUGACAGAUUUUACCCAUUUUUGAGAAAAUCCUCAAUUUAUACCCCCAUUUAUCACCUUUGUGGCACAUUUUACCCCCUUGUGACAGAAUUGACCCCCAAUUUGUUGCUGAUUUGACAUGCCACGUAGGCGGUUCAGUACCGUCAUGCUACGAUUGCCAAUACCAUUAUGCUCGCUCAGGUUAAGUACUUCAUUAAAUCACCACGUGCAAUCCAGGGCAGGUUGCUUGUAGCAGCAAUACCCUUAAUAGUAUCCCAUGUUUUGUACCUUUCUGGAAUUUGUUCCUCACCAUAAACAAGAGUUACACACCACAGUUCAGGACCAACACCAUCUAUCUUAGCAUCUAUGUGAUACUGGGAAUAACUUAAAACUUCGAGCUUUAUUAGAUUGUUCCAAAAGAGACCAAGUCCACCACUCCUACCAGAGCUACUAACUGCAAAACUACAAUGAAAAUCCAAAGAAGGCUGGCUAUUCAAGCAUUCAGUCAGACUAGCCUACCACGCCUCCCUACUCAUACAUGGCCCAGUGUCCCAGUCUCUCCUCAAGCCCAAUUCUGAAGCCACUACGAAAUUGGAACCCUAUCCUUUAAAAGGAAAAAAGAGAGGAAAUUGGAACCCUAACCACGGCACGGCAGCAGGGCCCGGCCGGCGGCGCUCGUGCGUACGCAUCCGGCCUGGCGUCGCGGCGACGUCCUCGCCCUUCUGUCCUCAGCGCUCCAUCUUGGCGGUAGGCCGUGCUUGGCGGUGUCCAAGGCCCCACCAGGCGAGCGGCGUCAUCUCCUCCCGUUAUUCAGCGCUCCUGCAGCAACUGAGCGCGAGCGUCGUUGAGCCACAUCGAACACCAAGAAGAGACAUUGGAGUAAGUUGAUUUGGCUUCCUAUUUCAUGAGUCGAACAAUUUCAAGUUUUUUUAUCAGUUGUAUGAAUCUAUGCCCAAACCUGUGCUACAUCUGUUGUACAAUUAGUUGUACUGCAUAUGGUGUUAUAAUGUUGUUCAGAUGCUUGUUUAGAUUUCUUGCUUAACUUAAUCCAGUUUAUUACUACUAUAUUAUUUACAUUGUAUUUUUCUAUCUCUAACAUCUAAAGUGACAAUCUCGUUGGAUUAAUCUUUUCCUAGCUAGCAUGUUGAUUUGGUAAGAAAAUUAGUUAAUUGUCGGUUGGACCUUAGUAUAGUGCAUAGUAUGCCAGAAAUAAUCGUUGAUCAAAUUAGGACAGUCGUGACUGAGUAACCAUGACUAUAAGCUAUUGCAUCCCGAUCAUACUUAUAUUUAAUGUUGGAAUAAUCAAGCUUUUCAGCCUACCUACACCAGUAGUCGAGUUCAGUUCUGUUAAUAGAAACAUGCCGGCUUGACUUGUUUCAAGAAACUCCCAUCUUUUGACUGUUGCUUAUUUUUUGUUUUGCCUUGAAUAGGCAACUUGUGCAGUGCACCAUUUAAUAUUUGUAUGUAGUGAUAUGUGGUAGAAUCCUCGCUUAUUUAGGCACCCCGUCUUUUGGAAAUGCUACAACAGUUUUAUCUGGAUUCUGAAGCAAUGAGUACCUGCAAAAAGACCAGGGCAGAAGCUACAUCUGUUGUGAGUUCAGACAGACUGAGCAGUCUACCUCCAAAGAUAAAGGGCAACGUCCUCUCCCGUUUGGAUGUCAGAGAAGCGGUUGGCACUAGCACCUUAUCAAGUACUUGGAGGGAUGCAUGGACAGAUAUGCCAAAAAUAUCUUUGCGCGAUAGAAAUUUUAUGCGAACCAGGUUCGUUACGUUGGUCGAUAUGGUGCUAGCACUCCAAAAGGGAACCAUAGAAGAGUUUGAUAUAUCAGGUAAAAAAAGUUACCAUGAUGAGCUCGCUAGGUGGAUGCUCAUGCUGUCAAGGAGAUCACCAAGGUCAGUUACAAUCAAGUUGAACUCAGGACCAAGGUAUAAGAUUUCCUCAUGCCUCUUUUCUAUCGGUGAUUUGAAGUUUCUGCAACUGGAAAACUGCAUCAUCAGCUUGCCCCGGGCAUUCCAAGGUUUCAAGAGCCUAACUUACCUGAGCCUAAACAUUUUCUCAUCCACAGACAGGGAUAUCCAAAAUCAGAUCUCGUUCUGCCCCGUCUUGACUGAUUUGAUAUUAACUUCUUUUGUGGGCAUCAACCGACUAAACAUUCAAGCUCCUAAGCUAGAAUAUCUUAAUGUAUAUGGGGACUUUGAAGACAUUAAUUUGGAGGCCCCUAAUCUGAAGGUGGCCAUUCUCUAUCUAGGUCACCAAGCUAAACUAUAUCAGUCUGUUCCAAUUGGGUAUGACAAGGAAAACCAUGUCAAGAAGUCAUUGGGAAGCCUAAGUGAGAUCAAGACACUUGGAAUUACUGGCAGUUUCAUGAAGUAUCUAUCAAAAGGGUGCAUACUCACGAAGCUCCCAGUUGUGUUUACUCGCCUUGAGGAUAUUUAUCUUACGAUAUGCUUUUGGGACCAGAGGCAAGUCUUGACCGCUUAUUCAUUAUUUCAGAAUGCUCCUAACUUGAAGAAGCUUGCGGUGUGGAGUUACGCUUCGAGCACAUGCGAUCAGGAUCAGGCGAGGUUUCUAGAGCAUACCCUGCAAAUGCAAAUGGACCAUCUCGUAAUGGCCUGUGUUGAAUGUUUCCGGGGUCUUGACUACGAAGUCGAUUUCGUGGCAAAGCUACCGAGUUGGGCACCUGAUCUUGAAGAAGUGAAGAUAGAAUGGAAGGGUCAAACAGAUUGCAGCAUUGUUCUUGCCAAGCUAUUAGCUCUGCCGAGGGUGUCUCCCAGGGCCAAGGUCAUUGUUACAUUUUGUUAAGAAUGCUCCCCCAUCGCUUUGCCGAUGUAAUUUGCUGCUGAGUUCAUGUGAAUGUACCAGCUACGGCUAGCUGGUGGUUAUAUGUGUGCAUCUAAUGCAAAUCAUCAGGUAGAGGUUGUGUGUGUUGUCGAGGACAUUGUGUGGGAGUAUUUAAUGUGCCACCAGCAUGUGUUUUCCAUAUGAAACAUUUGAGGAAGUUUUCCAUAUAAAACGCUAUCAUCUUGUGUUUUUGCAAGCA